UCGAUCAACAUGAAGGUUUUCGUGGUCUUGGCUCUGGCUCUUGCCUCCGUUUCCGCUGGCGUCCUGCCUCAGGAUACGCCUGUGCAUCCCAAGGAUAUCCAAGGUGUACCUGUUAUCCAGGGACGCAUUACCAACGGCAAGAACGCGGCAGAGAACCAGUUUCCCUACCAGGUGGGACUUAGUUUCACUGGCUCCAGUGGCAGCUGGUGGUGCGGUGGCUCCAUCAUCUCCAACACCUAUGUCCUGACCGCUGCCCACUGCACCAGCGGAGCCUCCUCCGUGAAGAUGUACUACGGCUCCACUACUCGCACUAGCCCCCAGCUCAGCCACACUGUGACCAGCUCCAGCUUCCAGCAGCAUGCCAAAUAUAACUCUAAGACCCUCAACAACGACAUCUCCCUGAUCAAGACCCCUUCGGUCAGCUUCUCGGCCUCCAUCAACAAGAUCCCCUUGCCUGCCAUCGCCAGCAGCUACUCCACCUAUGCAGGACAGACCGCUGUGGCCUCUGGCUGGGGCUUGACCUCCGAUAGCGCCUCCGCCGUGACCUCGAAGCUGCAGUACGCCGACAUGAAGGUCAUCGCCAACUCCGUGUGCCAGCAGUCCUAUGGCAGUGCCGUCGUCACCAGCGACGUCAUUUGCGUGGCUUCAGUGGACAAGGUGUCCACCUGCUCGGGCGACUCCGGUGGUCCACUGGCUCUGGACGGCAAGCUCAUCGGUGUCACCUCCUUUGUGUCCUCCAAGGGUUGUGAGAAGAACUAUCCGGCUGGCUUCACCCGCGUGACCAGCUACUUGGACUGGAUCAAGACCCAGUCUGGAGUCACCGCUUAAAAGAAUUUUUAGGAAGGCUUCUUGGACUUGUUAAAAAAAAUAAUUAA